CGUUUGUUGGAGUUGUUGAACGGUGUGAAGUGUGGCCUUUUUUUGUGCAAAAUUUGUUUGCGUAUUCUUUUAUCAUUCACUGGGAAUAUUUUAGUGAGUAGUGCGGUUGAGGAUGAACGCUGCAUGCGAACGGAUUCCACUGCGCGCAUUUUUGAUCAGCUCUGUGAUGUGUCGUCGUCACGUUCACCAGAUUAUGGAAUGUUUCGACUGCAGAUGUUCAAUUUGUUGUCGAAACUCGACGAAAUUGCCGAGAAAACAACGAAAACUUUGAGUCCAUGGUUGCUGGCCCUCUAUACACAAGAAUAUGAGAGUGUUGAUUUUAUGAGUAGAAAUCGACAGAAUAUCACGUGGACAAACCCUUCAGCGUGCGAAUUGAACGCCGUAGAAUUGGACGGUGAAAACGAUGAGGAGGAUGGUGACGAGGAGAUGGAAGUGGAGCAAAGCAAUGAAAAUGAGAACGAGACUGAGGAUGUGGUCAAUGAAACGUGA